GAGACAACGAACAAGCAAAGAGGAGAGGAGGAAGGACACAGCGCACGAGUGGAGGGAGGAGAUUGGCACGAGAGGCACUGGCAGUCUGGCUCUGGCAGUUGGAAGCGUUGGCUGGCACGAGGAAAAGGGGGCGAUGGAGACGGAGGAGUACCUUGCGCAGCUGCUGGAGUCGUGGCAGGUCAAGCGCAAGGAGGCUGCACAAGCAGAGAAGGCAGUGAAGGAGGACAAGGCACAGUUUACACACACCCUGCACACCGGGCACGCGCCGGUUGCAGCGAGACAACUACAUGGCGGCCACGUGAAGCUUGCAACGAAGGUUGCCAGCUUUGAAAGUGUGACACGGGCGUGCGUGCGCGCACUGGAUACACUGAUCAAGGAGCGAACAAAUGCACAGACAGUUGGAUCAUCACAGUCCGCGGCCAUCAAUGCUCUCCCCACAGACCUGCCCGUGUGGCCCAUUCUCAAGCAUGUGCCACUGUGUGGAGCGUUUCCAGCGUUGGAGGGCGACGACAUCGUACCAGGACAGGAGGUUGCUGCAUUGGUUGAGGAUGAGUGGAUUCUAUCGGUUGUGGUUGACGCGAACAAGAGCACCUACAGUGUGGAGGACAUCUUGCAUCCUGGCACAGACAAAUGGCACGAGCUGCCGCGUGCCCGGCUCAUUCCACUCCCGCGCUGGGCACCUCGCGUCGACUUUACAAUGGCGCAUUUUGAGGUUGGCGACAUUGUGCUUGCCAUGUAUCCACAAACAACCUGUUUCUACAAGGCCGUUGUCAAUCGUCCGCCAACCCAGGAGACACCCACGUACUCACUGCAGUUUGAAGACGACAACUUUGGCGACGGGCGCAUCAGAUAUCACGAGAUUGCUGUGAAGUUUGUCCUCAACUUCCCUUUGUAGCCGGGACGACCCUGGUCACAUACGCUCAUCAUCAUCAUCAUCAUCACGACCACCGCUUACGUUUGCGGCCAUCUUGGUG